AUGGAACAGCAACAGCCAGGCUCGAAUCCACAGAACCCCAGAAGCCAACAGCAGCCAUUGUAUGACAUCUCACAAGGUGGACAUUAUGUGCUGCGGUACGUUAGAUCCCACGAUCUGUUUGGUGCAAGCCAUGCAAUCGAAACUAUGACCCUGGAUCCUCCUCAAAUCUGCGACCUUACUAUUGACCCUAAACUACAAGACGGACCGAGAUCAGAAGAGGAAGACUCGAAUAACGUGGAAGACCGCACUCUAUCAGCCCAAGGAUAUGUACCUCACACAGAGCUGUACUCUGGACUCUGGCAGAACAUCAACCAGGGCUUGACAGGCACUUCUCGUGAGAUCCUCGCGACCUAUUGGCAGCAAACCAUCAACCAUCUCGAGACCGAAAAUCAUGAUUUCAAAAUCCACCAGUUGCCACUUGCGCGUAUCAAGAAGGUCAUGAAGGCCGAUCCCGAGGUGAAGAUGAUUUCCGCCGAAGCCCCAAUCCUGUUUGCGAAGGGAUGCGACAUCUUCAUCACCGAGCUUACCAUGAGAGCCUGGAUCCAUGCAGAAGACAACAAAAGGAGGACACUACAACGCAGCGAUAUUGCCGCUGCUUUAGCCAAGAGUGACAUGUUUGAUUUUCUGAUCGACAUUGUGCCACGUGAAGACGCCGGCACUCACAGCUCCAAGAGGCCAACCACUUCUGGUGGUCAGCAACCAGCUCAGCAAGUGUCUCAGCAGCAACCUCCUCCACAACAAAUGCCAGACUAUGGAAGUAUGCAGCAUGGCGGCAUGCCUCCACCAGACAGUCAAUAUCGUCCAACCUCAAUCUAUGGUGCUCAGCUGGGUGGUGAUGGUCAUCCCGAUCCCAACCAAGGAUAUCCUCCACCAGGUGCACCAAUGUUUGCGGACCAGGGUAUGUACAAUCCAUAUGCAGCUCAAAGCCAAUUCGGAGGUGGUCAGUCAAUGUAUCCAUCCAUGCAACAACAAAGACCACAGUCUCAGGGCUAUUCUGGUAGGCCAAGAACUGCAGGUGGCGACGAUCCUCAAGAGUAUGGUCCUGGCUAG